UGGUUGUGUGCGUGUGUUAUGACAGAUGACGUGUUGAGGAACGACACAACGACAGAAAUUCUUUUUCGACUGAAAGUAUUUGCUUGCAUUCUAUAGAGAAAUUCUAGUUAACUUACCAAUAUAACAAAUCUAGUAUGCGAGUUCGAAAUAUAAAAUAAGAAUAAUAAUUGAGAAUAGAAAGCUAUAUUCUGGAGCAGUUAUUAUAUAUAGUGUGUUUCAAAAUUCAACAGACCAUCAAGAUAAGAUUGAUUAAUUUCAACUAGUGCACAAUAAAAAGCAAGUCAACAGCCGAAAAUGGCAUUGAUGACGAUGAUAGCACGAGUUGUUGAUGGCUUACCACUUGUUGGGACCAUGACCGAAGAUGAACAGUCAGGAAAGAGCGUGUUGGAAUAUCAAAAUCAAGCCAAAAUGCUAUUCCGAAAAUUGGGCCCACAAUCACCCAAUCAAUGUUCGAUUGAGACGGGCCCAUAUCUAUUUCAUUAUUUGAUUGAAAACGAGGUGUGCUACUUGGUAAUGUGCGACAAGAUAUUUUCCAAACGUUCUGCAUUCACAUAUUUGGAAGAUUUGGCCCAAGAAUUUCACAAAAACUAUGGUCGGAAAGUUAAUACCGUGACUCGUCCAUACGCCUUCAUAGAGUUCGACGUGUACAUUCAAAAAACAAAGAAAAAUCUGACAGAUCGACGACGAAAUAUAAAUUCCAUUAAUAACCAAUUACAGGAUGUGCAACGAAUUAUGGUAAAACAAUGAUAGUUUUCAAAAAGGA